GUCUUCGACCGCAAAAAAAAGAUACUUGUGCUUGCAUUUAUAUUUAUAUUUUUGACACUGCACUUGCCUCUCUAUCUUUACUACUUUUCGGAGCCAGUUGCAACCCCUUUAUCCUUUCACGCCCACACUUUCGAAAACUCUGAUAACCCCUUCUACUAUCUUGGUGCUAUUGGGUUAGGAAUUAUUGGCAUCUUUAUGGCUCUGCUUGGUUUCUUUUGCACUGGAGAUCUUUUUUACGCUUGUUGCCGAAACAAAUUAAAAAAUAGAAGUAUUAUUAAAGCCGUCGAAAAAGGCACUCAACCUAAAGUAGAUAUUUUAGAUGAUGAGCUUUUUUCUCGACCUAUAAUUGUGGAUCACCUAAAAAACAUUUUUCAACCAGACAGAAGGCAAUCAUUUUAUUAUGUGGUUUGUGGUGAACAUGGAAGUGAAGUUGGUCGUGGCGUUGUAUACGUUGAUGUUCCUUCUGAUGUUGAAGAUUUUGGCUUAGCAUUUGGAAAAGCUCUCGAUUUUGCAUUUGAGGAGCGGAUCUCUUUUACACAACUAUUUACACGAAAAUUGGGAAAUACUAAUAACGACUAUAAUGAUCUAUUAUGGAAGAGAGCUCUGAAAGCAUUUAACCGUGGUGCCAAGGAGUAUAAAGCCAAAUACAAUAAACCUGCAGUCAUCAUUUAUGAUAAUGUUAGCCAGUUAAUUCCAAAGAAACCAAAAAUCCUUGAUACCCUUCAAUGUGAUGCCAAAAAAAAUGCUGAUGACCAAAUAUACAUUGCGGUGUUUGUCAAUAGUGAAGGCGCAGUUCCGAGAAGAAUAACAUCAAAAAAGCCACCAAUAGAAAUCGGUGACCUUAGCAAGGAAGAAUCAAUAAAAUAUCUGACUGAGAUACAUAAUAUCACCAAAAAAGCGGAAGAAUUAUAUCAAUUAGUUGGUGGGCGCAUUUUAGAGUUGAAAGAUGUUGCAAAUUAUUUUUUAUCAAAACAAGCCAUUGAAGAUAUCAGGGAGAAAAUAUUACUUGAAGCCGAUAACAAACUUAAUUCAGUGAAAAUACUUAAAAAUCAAAACCAUCAUGAAGCAGGAAAAUGUGUAAUUGACGCUUUGCUGACAUCAAAAGAGAUUAAUAUUGAAGAAUUUAGAGAAUUAUUUGCGAAUGAAGAGGAAUACAGUGAAGCCUCAGAAGCUAGCGUGUUUGCAUUUCAUCCGUCAAGAAAUACU